GACAGAGAAAAUAGUAGUCAGUCGAUCGAUGCAAAAAAGUAGAGAAGGUCGCUACUCGAAGAAAACAACUUGACAAUUAAAAAUGACUUUUAACAUGUCAAAUGACGAAAAACGAUAUGACAGAUCGGAGAAGGGCAUUACAUUCGUGACAAGGGAAAGCGACAUUGAUCCAUACGACAAUGAACCAGACUUUUUAAGAGCGUUAUUAUCCUGUGGGCAUGCCACUGGUCCGCAGACACUCACAGACUACUGUAGAAUACAGCUGACCGAGGGAAAAGCGGAUCUGAGGUGCCCUUUGUGUCAUGAACAAUGGUCUUACACUGAAGUCCGUAAACUAGCCAAACUUACACUUGAAGAGCAACAAUACUUUGAGGAAACACUUGCCAACAACGCUACAAGAAAGAUAGUAGACAUCAAGAAUUGUCCUGGUUGUAACUGGUUCAUCGAGAGGUCCGACUCCUCUAAUAUCUGUGUCGAAUGCACAGUGUGUUCUGCUAAAAAUGGGAAAACCUUUGAGUUCUGCUGGCAAUGUCAGAAAGAAUGGAAAGGACACCGUCCUCGCUCUGAUCGAUGUGACAAUGACGGAUGCAGCAACAAAGAUCUGGAUUUACUUAGAGAUUGUGCAAAUAUAAUUUUAAAAGACGCUGGAAAUAUUGAAUGUCCAGCUGUUCGUGCAUGUCCAACAUGUGGCAUAAUGAUUACACACAACACAGAGAAAUGUAAAAACAUUGUAUGUUCUAGAUGCAAUAAAGAAUUUUGUUUUGUCUGUCUGAAGCUCACACCUGACUGUUUGAGUACAAGUGAUUACUUUAUUCUCUGUUCUGAUGGUGUGGCGCCACGGCAGACAUCAAUUCCAUUUUGGAAAGUCAACUAAUAAAUGAUAAAACACAAUGACAAUUAUUAUGUUACAGAACACUAUUCAGAAAGCAUAUGUAGUACAACAUGCAUUGCAUGUAAAUCUUAAGGACUACUCCUAAAUUAAAUAGAAAUCAUUUUUCUAUUCUUUUCAGAUUGCUUAGUUUAGACUGUUGGUUCUUCUUGCAGUUUUCUUAUAUGCAAUAAUUAACAGCUUUUAGUAUGUAAUAUGGGAUUGUAUUUUGCAAUAACAAUUCUA